AUACAGUGACAGGGGUUUUCAAGGUAACAUCCCAAGGAGAACCAGUAAAGCUGGUGAGAGUGUUGAACCCUUGGGGAAAAGGCGAGUGGUCCGGUGCCUGGAGUGACAAGUCAUUAUUGUGGAACAACGUGAGUGAAAGUGACCAAUCCAAUUGUCGUUCUUCGGCCAUUGAUGGGGAGUUCUGGAUGUCAAUGGAGGACUUCACUGAAAACUUCAGGGACAUUGAUAUUUGUUGCCUCAGUCCUGAUUUUUUGAACAGUUCCUCUAAAUACAGCUGGACUUCCACAUGCUAUUAUGGCAGCUGGGAUGCUGGGACUACAGCUGGUGGCCGCCCCAGUAUUAAAGAGACUUUCUGGACAAACCCUCAGUUUCGGAUGAGGAUUGAGGUUCUUGAUGAGGAAUGUGCUAGAGGCCAGUGUCCUGAAAACAUACUGGUGUCCCUCAUGCAGAAACAUGAAAACAGAUACAGAAGUCUUGUUUCUAACUACUCCAUUGGCUUCAAUGUUUAUCUGAUUCCACCAGAGAUGAAAGAUGAGAAGUUCUCUACCAAGUUAUUUUACCGCAGACAAUCUGUGGAAGAUAGUGGGAACUUCAUCAAUACAAGACAUGUGAUGAAAUUCUUCAAGCUUGAACCAGGAGAGUAUCUCAUUGUGCCCUCUACUUUCCAUCCUAAUGAGUGUGCAAAUUUCAUGCUGUCCAUCUUCGCAAAAACUGAAUCGCAUAGGAGAAAAAAGAAACCUGCAAUGACAUAUGUGUGAGGUUAUUAUAAAUACUGUAAGUACCUUGCUAAAAAUAACACUUUAACAGUUCAUGGUCUGGUCACCCUCCUACUACUUUUACCAGUUUACCAGUCUAGAUUUUUGAUCUCUGUAACCGCUCAAAUAGGAUUUGGAGUAACCAAGCUGGUUAUACUAUUUUUCUUUUUCUUCUACACCCCUUCUCUUCAAUAUUUUGUUAAUCUGUGAGCUGUGAAAUGAAUGUUACCAUUGUUGUUUAUUUGUGAGGUUUUUGAUGUUCUGUCUCACUGUAACUGUAUGGGUCAGGUCAGUCAGUCACCAACAGUUUUAAAUGACAUUUCAGUGCUGAGCCAUUCAGAAAGUCAGAAUGAAUGAAGGAAUGAAUGAAUGAAGCCUAAUUCAUAUGCUACUCAACGGUCAAAUAUAAGUAUGUCAAGUGAUACAGCACAAUUCUGAAAUGUACACUACCAAACAAUAAUAAAGACACAUAUUAUUAAAAACUUUAA